UGUGAUUUAAAAAAAAAAAAGGCCAAAUCCUGAAACACCCCCUUCCCCGAAUCAAGAAUCAUUCGUGCAUCCCCAUUGGCCCCUUCUGAAGCAAAGCAAAGAGGACCCUAGCCCUAGGAUCCUUGCCACCGCCGUCCUCAGGUUCUCGGCGCCUCCACUUCUUCCUCUUCCCUCUGUCCAGAUCCCAGGUAGCUCGGCUCGUCAUCCCCAUCUUCUCUGGCUUCUCUGUUCGUGGCUUGGAGCAGCUCGCCGUUGGGUCGCCGCUUGCCGUCGCCUCGCCUAUCGUCGUCGUCUCGCCGGUUGCCAUCCGUGUCUCCAUCAAAAGUUCAAGUGGUUAGUCACCAUACCUGCUGGUGGAUUUAUUUCAAUUUUUUAAUAAGGCUGUUUUCAUAUUGGAGCUGAUACCACGCUGUGAGUGAUCUUAGUAAUUUUGGGAGGUGGUAAAAAGAUUGGUAAUGAAGAAGUUGAGUGGCUUAUUUGGUGCAAGAAGCAGAAAGCUUCGUAUUGUUUUCAAUGGUCUUUGUGUGGUGGUUGUGUUUUUCUUUUUUUACAACCGAGAAGAUAUUCUUCAUAACCCGCUUCUUAGGCAAUCUGCAAAUUUGGCAAAACACCACCUGCCUCCGAAUUCAAUAUCGAGAUAUAGGUCUUCUCACACUGGGGUUACUCACCGUAGAAUGGUUGAAAUUAGCCUUAAUAGUUCAAGUGUAAUUAGUGAGCUUUCAGACACGGAUUUGCCUGCAGCUACGCCAGGAAUGUGUAACGGGUUGCGAAACCAUGCUGGUUAUGCCAACCAUUGUGAUUACCUAAAGGCGAAUCCGCAAUGUUCUUCAGAUGGAUAUCUUGAUUACCUGAGGUUUUUCUAUUGCACAUGUGGCAGUGUCAGAGUUCUUGGUUAUCUAGUAUUGGGCGUGUGGCUUGCUGCUUUGUUUUAUCUUUUAGGUAACACUGCGGCUGACUACUUUUGCCCUUCUCUUGAGCAUCUCUCAAGGCUCUUGAAAUUGCCCCCGACUGUGGCUGGGGUCGUGCUGCUUCCGCUUGGUAAUGGUGCACCUGAUGUGUUUUCCAGUAUAGCAUCCUUUGUGGGUACUGAAACAGGUGAAGUGGGUCUUAACAGCGUGUUAGGUGGAGCUCUAUUUGUUACCUGUGUUGUUGUUGGAGCUGUUUCUCUGUGUGUGUCAGAUAAGGAGAGUCAAGUUGAUCACAGAUGCUUUAUAAGGGAUGUUAGUUUCUUUCUAAUCACUCUUAUCUCGCUGCUAGUGAUUUUGGUUAUAGGUAAGGUGAGCGUUGGAGCAGCCAUUGCUUUUGUGUCGAUUUAUGUUGUUUAUGCAUUCAUUGUUGCUGCCAAUGAGAUAUUACGUAAGCAUGCACAUAAUUUGAAAUUGGAUGUUGUCACGCCAUUGCUUCCUGUCCAGGGAAGCAUCUUCUCUAUGGGAUCUGAAGAGGAUACUUCUGUCUAUAGCCCUUUCCUUGACUUAGACACUGAGAGUGAUCCACCCCGGUUACCUCCUUCCUUGCCUCAAUGGAUGUGGUCUUCAAACGUGGCAAUAUAUUCAAACCAGGCAAAUAAAAUUCAUAUGUUAGAUGAUGAAAGGCCUCCUUGGGGAUGGAGUGAUCAGCCCACUGAAAACAACAGGUCUUUCUCUGUUAUGAAACUACUUUUAUUGCUGGAGGUGCCAUUGGCAAUUCCUAGACAGCUUACAAUUCCGAUGGUCAAUGAUGAAGUCUGGUCUAAGCCAUAUGCUGUGGCCUGUGCUACAUUGGCUCCCAUUCUCCUAGCCUUCUUGUGGAGCACACAAGAUAGUGUGAGUUCUUUGAGUGCAAUACUAUCUUAUUGUAUUAGUAUUGCACUUGGAUGCACCCUUGGUAUUCUGGCAUAUAAAUAUACAAGGCCUGAUCAUCCACCACGUAGGUAUCUAAUUCCUUGGGUUCUUGGAGGAUUCCUCAUGAGCAUAGUGUGGUUCUACAUAAUUGCAAAUGAGCUUGUGGCUCUAUUGGUUGCAUUUGGUAUAAUUUUUGGAAUUAAUCCAUCCAUCCUUGGAUUAACCGUAUUAGCAUGGGGAAAUUCUAUGGGUGAUUUGAUGUCAAAUGUUGCAUUAGCAUUGGAUGGAGAAGACGGAGUUCAGAUAGCCGUAUCUGGGUGCUAUGCAGGUCCCAUGUUCAACACACUUGUUGGUUUGGGGAUCUCGUUGCUUCUCGGGGCAUGGUCAAAGAAACCUGCAUUGUUCGUGGUGCCGGAAGACAGUAGCUUAUUUUACACACUGGGAUUUCUUAUCGCUGGACUGCUAUGGGCGCUUGUUGUUUUACCUCGCAACAAUAUGCAUCCUGAUCGAGUACUAGGAAUUGGUCUCAUCGGCCUUUAUUUGGUGUUUCUUUCGUUCAGGGUGUGCACUUCCAUGGGCCUCAUAACAGUUGAUGGUUCAAGCUGAACACUCACCUUUGAACGAUGUUGCUGCCAAUAUAGGUGGUUUGAGCAUCCCGUUGAUGGUUCAAGUUGAACACUCACAUUUGGUUCACUUAGGGAGGAUUGUUGCUAUGAUUCUUGUAUAUUUGGUUUGCAUGGCAUUUCCAUAUUGGAAGAUUUAGUGAUAGCUAUAGCAGAUGGGAUUGCAAGUGUAUAUCUGGAGUUUAUUUCUGUUGAUAGUGAUGUAUCGAGUAAAACCAAUAGCUUGGACAUAUCAUUAUGUGCUUUGUCCACCAGAGAACUCCAAAAAUUACGUAAUGAGGUGGCUUUGAACCAAUGGGCGUACCAUAACAUGGAUACGGUUGUGUCAAUGUAUGAGGAUCAAUUUGAUUUAUGCACACUUGGGAGUCAGCACAUUUAUCUGCCAAAUAUUAGUCAGACUGAAACACAAAGUUGGUGGAGGAGGCUUAGCCAGCUAAAUUCAAAAACGGUGUCCCCUGAAUUACAGUGCUUGGUGAUAAAUCAUUUCUCAAUGCCAGUAAAGCGGACUAAGGAAUCAAGAGCCUUAGCAGGAUGGUAUACUUUCUUGUUACUCUAUUUAGGCUUACCAAAUUCUUUUUCUCUCUUUCUAUUUGACCUCUGAAAAUGGUUUCCUUCCUAUCCUUUUCUAUCAGACAUAUUGAUCCGUUUAGGCUGUAGCUGAUCUCUUCUAUUAGGACAAGGCUUAGUUUUGACUCUGCCUUUAUUCCUUUCAAUUUUUUCUUCCCGUUUAAUUUUUUAUUAGACUUGUGAAUUGAUAUAACAUACAAAGGAAAUUGAUUGUGGGAAGUACAUUGUAUGCAUCAGGGACUGAAAUGAACUUAGUCUGAAUAUAUAUAAAGAUUAAGCUUAGGCUGUCAAAUCUUCAUUUCGUUUAUUAUGUUUUUCUUAAACAAGAUGUGAAAUUCUAUUAAGUAAAUUUUUACAAUGUAACGAGCCCACUUGGGGAAGGCACCUGAUGGUAAAGGCCUUAUAAGGCCUUGUGCGCUCUCACCACAAUAGCUCAUUAGCUAGCUUCUGAGUUGUGAUUCUCCUAUGGUUUUAUACUCGUAACAUACUCUCCAUUUUGGAUGUAUAGAAUCUGUUUGUGUUUACAUUGAGAAUUCUAGACUUCUAGUCAUGUUUAGGGGC